GUGCCGCCGCCGCCGCCCCGGCCGAAGAGCAGGUCCGAGCCCGCGGCCGCCGCCAAGUACAACAACCUCAGCUACUGGAGGGCGAGGCGGGUGACGUUCUACAAGAACGGCGAGCCCUUCUUCCCGGGCGUCGAGUUCCGCUUCAAGCCGGGCCGCGACGUCGGCACCAUGGAGGCGCUGCUCGACAAGCUGUCCGUGCGCAUGGACCUGCCGCGCGGCGCCAGGUAUAUCUUUGGCAUGGACGGUGACCGGAAACUAGGCCUCGACGAGCUGGAAGACGGUGCUUCUUACGUCGUGUCCUCGUACAAAACGUUUAAGACUGCUAGCUACGGCAAGAAGAACGGCGUGUGGUACGCGUCGGGAGGCGGCGUGAGCGGCGCGACCGGGCCGGGGGCCGCGCUGGGGGGCGGCGGCGCGUCCGGGGGCGGCGGCUGGGGGCGGUCCCACGCGCCGCUCGCCAGGAAAUCCAGCGUGCUGGACGCCGACCCGCUGGGCCCCGCGGGGGGCAAGGCGUCGUCGGGCAGGGUCAUCCGCAUCAUCCACGGCCACGACCACAACAUCCAGUGUCGGGUGCUCCUCAACCUCCGGACGUCGCAACCCUUCGAGGGUGUCGUUGAGGACCUCGGCCAGGUGCUCAAGAUGAACAACGCCAAGAGGAUGCUCACAGUCUCAGGACAGGAGGUGCGAAGCUUCUCGCAGCUCCGCAACGAGUUCGCGGACGUGGACACGUUCUACCUGACGUCCUCGUCGGUGCGCGAGGCGGUGUCCGGGCCGUCGUCCCCCGUGCGGCGGUCCCGGUCGCGCGCCGCCUCCACGCACGCGCACGCCAUCAUGGACGACCGCGACGAGCCGCUGAGCACGCGGCGCCGCGCGCGCUCCAAGAGCAGGCCCAGGGUGCUGUACGCCGACCCGGAGCCCAUCAGGGCCACAGACUACGCCGUGCUGGACUUGAUGAAGGAGGAGCCGGUGCGCGUCACGAUCCGCGGACUGCGGCGGACCUUCUACCCGCCGCUGCACCACGCGCCCCUCGACAACUCGCCGCCCGACAAGCGCCUGCAGCUCAACUGGGUGUUCGGGUACCGCGGCGUGGACGCGCGCCGCAACCUGUGGGUGCUGCCGACGGGCGAGAUCAUGUACUACGUGGCGGCCGUGGCGGUGCUGUACGACCGCGACGAGGACGCCCAGCGGCACUACGUGGGCCACACCGAGGACAUCAUGUGCAUGGACCUGCACCCGUCCAGGGAGAUGGUGGCGUCCGGGCAGCGCGCGGGCCGCAGCCGCAAGACGCAGGCGCACAUCCGCAUCUGGAGCACGGAGACGCUGCUCACGCUCUACGUGUUCGGCAUGGGCGAGCUGGACGCGGGCGUCUCGGCCGUCGCCUUCUCGCAGCUGAACGGCGGCAGCUACGUGCUGGCCGUGGACGCGGGCCGCGAGCGGAUCCUCUCGGUGUGGCAGUGGCAGUGGGGACACCUGCUCGGCAAAGUGGCGACCCUCCACGACGACGUGUCCGGCGCGGCCUUCCACCCGCUGGACGACAACCUGCUCAUCACGCACGGCAAGGGCCACCUCACCUUCUGGACGCGGAGGAAGGACGGCUUCUUCGAGCGCACCGACAUCAUCAAGCCGCCGUCGCGCACGCACGUCACGGCGCUGCAGUUCGAGCAGGACGGCGACGUGGUCACGGCGGACGCCGACGGCUUCAUCACGGUGUACUCCGUGGACGCGGACGGCGCCUACUUCGUGCGGCUGGAGUUCGAGGCCCACAACAAGGGCGUCAGCUCGCUGGUCAUGCUGUCCGAGGGCACGCUGCUGUCCGGCGGUGAGAAGGACCGGCGCAUCAUCGCGUGGGACUCGCUGCAGAACUACAAGAAGAUCACGGAGACCAAGCUGGCCGAGGCGGCGGGCGGGGUGCGGUCGCUGUACCCGCAGCGGCCGGGCCGCAACGACGGCAACAUCUACGUGGGCACCACCAGGAACAACAUCCUGGAGGGCUCGCUGCAGCGCCGCUUCAACCAGGUCGUGUUCGGCCACUGCCGCCAGCUGUGGGGGCUCGCCGUGCACCCCGACGAGGAGAUGUUCGCCACCGGCGGCCACGACAAGCACGUCGCGCUCUGGAGGAAGCACAAGCUGGUGUGGAACACGCAGCUGCCGUACGAGGUGGUGUCCCUGAGCUUCCACCCGUUCGGCAUGGCGCUGGCCGUGGGCUCCACCGAGGGCCACCUCAUGGUGCUCAACGCGGAGACCAGCGCCACCGUGGCGUCCGUGCGCGUCUGCGGCUCGCCGCUGUCCUGCCUCGCCUACAACCCCGCCGGCGACGUGAUCGCCGUGGGGUCGCAGAACGGCUCCGUGUACCUGUUCCGCGUGUCGCGGGAUGGCUACUCCUACAAGCGCGCCCACAAGAUCCGCGGCUCGCAGCCGCUCACGCAGCUGGACUGGAGCACGGACGGCGGCUUCCUGCAGACCGCCACCGAGGACUACGACCUCACCUUCUGGGACGUGAAGGCGCUGUCCGCGGAGAAGAGCCCCGUGGCCAUGAAGGACGUCAAGUGGUACACGCAGACCUGCUGCGUCGGCUACACCGUGGCCGGCAUCUGGAACAACCGGUACUACCCCAUGACGUCGCUGGUGGUGUCCGCCAACCGGUCCGCCGCCCACGACCUGCUCAUCAGCGGCGACUCGGACGGCUACCUGCGGCUCUUCAGGUACCCGUGCCUCAGCGCCAAGGCGGAGUACAACGAGGAGAAGGUGUACAGCCUGCAGGUGGCGUGCGCCCGCUUCCUGUUCAACGACCGCCUGGUGGCCACGGUGGGCGGCACGGACGCCACGCUCAUGCUGUGGGACGUGGUGGACGACUAGAGACCAGUCGCUGCAGUCACUGCCAGUCAGCGCGUCGCGACGACGCCGAGCCGAAGGCCGAGCCGACAGCGCGACGUCGCCGCGCUCGCCUUUCUCUCUUCUUCCCCCGAAGCCUACCGUCAGCACGCCGUCAGCACGCCGUCAGGGUUGACGGGGCCGCGGGGUGCGGGGGGUUCGGGCGCGACCGCCAACGCCGACGCCCUUCCCGAUCAAGUCCACCGCCACUUCGGCGUGCUCCGUGGCCCCACGUGAUUGGCCAGUUUGUUUGCCGUGGUUUUUUUGUUGUUUGUUUUCUUUUCGUCGUCGCGCUUCUAGAGUUAUCUCGCGGGCGUGAACCGAACCGAGUAUGACCCUCGGGGCGCACGGCAGGCAAAACGAGAGAGACUCGUGUUAUCACUGACGGUAUCGUUGGGUUCACGAGUCGGGUUGCUGGUGGAGUGUCACCUUCUCCCGGUGCCGGAAUGGCCAUGGUUGCGAGCAGAGGGAAGCCCCCGCGGCUAGGAAUAAUCAAAAUGGCGCGAAAAACGUUUCUUUGGAGGUUUCGAGCCACUUUGAACUAUCCCUGCUCGUGGGGCACAGUUUUGUGCCUAUUUCCCAUUUCAAGUGUGGAAAGUCUAGACAAGUCUUGACGGAAACAGGUUGGAAGAUAUCUUUCCAUGUUAUCUAAUAGUUUCUAUACCAUACUAAGUUAGACUUUGACUGGGUAUGCUAGUCAAUAUUUCAAUUUAUAUCUUAUUUACAUUGUAAUUGUGCCACCCCAAUUAUUUGAAAUUAGCAUGAAUUCAAAUUCACGUGCUAAGGAUGUGGGCAACUUUCACUCCACAAAAUCAAUAUGAUUCAGUCAUAAACUAAUAAGAGCAAGAGUUUUAAUGCCAAAUGUUACUCACUUUUGCAACAGAAACAGCACGAAAAGAGCCUUUUGCUUUGUUGAGGCAGAAUCACUUCGUACCCGGGCAAUCCCUGCCCGACCUAUCGCCUUUCUUUUAGUACUUCCCCUUGAACCUUACGCAGCGGCGUGCGGCCCGUGCGGGACCAGCGGGACUGGUGUUGCGAGAUCGAUUGAGGUGGGGGCUCUCAGAACGCAGGCAACUCGUCCAUUAAGCCUUCGUUCAUGCCGCUAAAGGCAUUGUGCCAUGAGAUGCCUACUUUCAGGGGCGGAAGAAUGUUACUGGCGUCCCCCUCCCGGACUUAGCCGCCACUGAACCCAUCACUGUAUCUUAAGAUUAUGUCAACUGCAUGAGGAACAGAAUACUACUUCCACGAUUCCAUUUCUAGCCCUCUUUUUCCCUUUACCCUUAAACUCCUCCUAGCAAAAAUAAUUUUGAAUUGAAGCAAUAUGUGUACGACACCCCGUCCAUUUGGGUGCAUUUUGAUUGUAUUAAUUAGUCCUACCAUGGAAACUGUCAUGAAUGCCAUGAAUGUCAUGAAGUUUUAUAACAUGAACUCAUGGUUUUAUGCUUGAAAACUUUCCUAAUUUGCAAUUUUAUUCUUUACUUUUUUUUACAUUUUAAUACUGCUUUUGGCACUAAGUACAGCAGUGCAGUGCCACAUUGUAAUUUCUAUUUAGAUCCUUCAGAAUCUUAUUAAUGAUUGAAGGAAGAGGCUUUUGUGCAUCCACCUCAACACUCUAGAAGAGGGACACAUAAUUCUGCUGACAGAAAUCCUAUUGAAAAUCAUGUUUUAAUUUGUUGGAUUGGAAAAUACGUUCAUGUUAAAUUUGCUCUUUUGUUCCUAAUGUGAAUUAUCAAAUGCAGUGCCUUCUCUAGCUCUAUGCACUAAUAUUACUAUAAGUAAAUAAGGUAUUUUAUACAGGCGAUAUGCUCAAAGUAGAGAAUAGUAGAUAGCAGGAAAAGCAAUCAUUACUGUAUUCUGAUAUACAGUUGAUCCGUCCAUGAACAGUUGUUUAUUUUCUAUGAAUUGAAUUGGAUAAGAAAAAUAAAGCUUUUUAAGUAAAC